UUGGAAUUCAGUUUCUGACUCGACAUCGCUGAAAACGGACGUGAGUCUCGCGUGUUGAACCAAAAAAUCGAAUCACAAAUUCUCAACGAAAUACGAGACUUCUUUCGGUGUAUGUGCAGCAUAUUAGUGGAUUAAACCAAACAAAAAAUUAAUCAAAAAUAAUACAACAAAUUGAAAGCAAUCGAAAAAUACGUGCGACGGUGCAAAUAAUAAAUGUUUUAGAAAGAAAAUCAAACAAAAAUAUUCUGUGUUGAGUGUUACAGCCAAAAGGAAAAGUUAACAAAAAGCAAAGCAAAAUUCACAAGGCAAUACUAUAUUGGAUUAAUUGGCUUGAAUCUGAUUUGAUAAGCUAUAGCAAAAGACAAGCAGAAACAGUUAAAGAAAGCACUUGACAAAUAUCCGUUGGAGUAUAAGAAAAAAAACCAAAAAACAGGCAGAAAAAGCGGCUACAAGGCCGCCAAUGAAGGCUGUCCAGAUGACAGCGAUCGGGCAGCGAAUUUGACACGCAGCCAAAAAAAUCUUCAAAAAACGAAUCCGAAAUUUACAGUAGGGGAAGCCCUCUAUAUAUAUAGAUAAUCCCCUCCAGGCAACCCCUGGAAGAUCGAGGAGGUAUAUAUACCACACCCUCUUGCCCCGUCCAGCCGGAAAUCACAAAAGGAAUUCAAUGUGGAAAAUGCUGGAUAUGAUGGAACUGUCCGAAGCCGAGCUCUUUAUGUUCGACUGCGACGAGUGCUCGGGCACGCCCCUUGCCCCACCGCCACAGUUCUUUAUCCCACCGCCACCAAGGCCGCCGGCUCUGGCUGAAUACACGGUGGUGCCACAGGAUUGCAAUGAGGAGCAAUUGGCCCAGCAACAGUGGGACAGCGAUGUCUGCCAGGCAAUGCCGAUCUUGGAUGCCAGCCUGUACAGCAGCCAGACGUUGGCCACAUCGGCCAUGAUAGCCGUGUUCGCGCUGCUCUUGGUCUUGAUUGUUCUCAUCUCGUCGCUGUUCGUUUGGAAAAACAAACGGAAGGUGCAGAACCUACUGCCCUGCAAGACACCCACCCGAGGAGGUCCCGGGGCCAUGCCUUUGGGCGGUGGCACUUUGGGAUCGGCGCAUCAUCAUCAUCAUCACGGGAUGUACGAGGAUCCCGAUGCGCAUUUGGGUCAUCAUAGACCCUUGGUUAUGCAUCGGCAUCAUCAUCACCAGCAGCUGGCCCAUCACUAUCAGCAGCAUCACUCCGAGCUGCUCCAAGGCAAAAGCAUUCACUAUCCCAGCGGCUAUCCCAUGACGCGUUCGCCACCAUUCUUGGUCAGCUCCUCACCUGGACCCGAUCCCUAUCGCUCUAAUGACAAUGUCUACGAAGAGUUGGGACCGGGACGCGUUGAUUCCGAUGGUGAAUCAGAGCCACCACUUCAUUCCGAUGAUGAUUUCGCCGAAGAUGAACUCUCACUGCCUGGCGAAUGCAGUUUCCAGAAGGAAACCAAUCUGCCAGUAGCAGCCGGUGCCACGCCCUACCACGAGAGGGCGGCGGGUAGCAGCAGCAGCGGAACAGGAGCCACGGGAGGAGCACCUGCUACAUCCACGAAUCUGCCACAGGCUACCCAAGAACGGCACAGUGUCCUGAGCAGUGGUUCUUCAUCUGGCCAAGAUGCCUCCACGGCCACAGCUUCCUCAGUCAGCAAUAAUAAUCAUGAUUUGGCUUCCGGAUCGAGCAAUCGUCGUACCACUCGGACGCGACAAGCUCGAAGUUCUCAGGAUCUGGAUCUGAACAACAGCACCUCCACGGCGGAUAUUGCUGACUUGGCGCCGUUAUACGACAACCGUAGCAAUCUCAUGUCCUUGGGAUACAUGGCUCGUUCUACAGCUCCGCAAUUCUACAAUACCCUGGAGCAUGAAGUGGAGCGCAGGAAUAGGAUUAACGCCCAGCUUAGUAAAACUCCAGUGCCUCCGCUAUCAACGAUCUACCGGGAACGCAUCCGCUAUCCCAAUGCCAGCCAACAGUAUCCAUCGAGUGCGGCCAGCGGUCUGAUGGCAGCCACCAUGAGGGCGAGAACUCAGCCAAGGGUAUUAGAUCGUCGACUAGCACCACAUCAGCAUCAACAUCAUCGCAUUCAUGCCGCACCAAUGGCCCAAGAGCCAUCCUACUGCUAUGCCGAGCCCAUGUACAAUGCCAACUAUUACUACGAAAGUGCCGGUGGGGCACGGCCCUAUGCCUCCACGCUGUUACCCACAGUCGGUGAUUAUAGACAUCCCUAUGGCGAUUCUAGUUUUGGUUCCGAUUCGGGAUAUAGUCAUCAUACGCCUGCCAGCUCUAUUGGACGACAGGACUACGACCUCGCCGAACCACAGCAAAUGCCAGCAAACCAACCGAAGCCCAGCAAACUGAGUUCAGCUUUGAACUUCAGUUGGAAUCGCAACUCGCGUGGCAAGGGUGCGCCUGGCGGAGCUGUGGCAAAGACCUCGGGCAACAGCAGCAAUAGUAGUGCCACAAGUCCGAACAACAAUAGCAGUGCCUGCUCCACUGUCACCUCUCAGUUGGAGAACAACAAUACUGCCAGUCUCUCACCAGCGUAGAUAAACUAAACUAAUCAAAUAGACAUCCUAUCAGAUAUAAUCCUUUGUAAAUAGGGACUAGAAACCCUCAUGUACAGUUAGUCAUAUCGCUUAACACUAAGUAUACUUAAAUAUCAAAAAACAAAAACUAUCCUGCGUGUACAUCGUCAAAGCAAUAGUUAUUUAACAUCAACAUAUUAUAUAUAAACUAAAAUCGAUGCAGAAGAGCCCAAAGUUUCUUGAUAGGUUUAUCGAAGAAGGGUCAUAGCCAUACCACCAAGUUUUCGCUCUGUUUUAAAAAGCAAAUAAAAACUUGUCGCAAAGCAAAGAACUUAUAGGUCCUAAGUGUUUUUCCAAUGUGAUCAGCCAAAUUCUACAAUAUAAAAACUAAACUAAACGAGCAACUGCGAAACUAAUUUAUACUCUAGUUCUAUUUAGUGUAUGCCUAUAAGUUAUUCUUAAGUUUAACUUUAGUUUUGUUUGUUAUUUUAGUUCUUAAGUGAAGUUAAGCGAAGUGAGAAAAGCUGCGUUGCACAGAAGGUCAACGAAAAUAUACCAAAAUAUUAUAAAAAAAAACAAAUUGAAAUUUAUGAAAUUGUUUUUAUUUUAUUUUUAAAUUUCUUAAUUUUUAGUUUUAUUAUUAAAUUAAAGAGAAAUUUGAAUUCAUUUUAGAGGAAAGAAAAAUCUUAACAGAAAGUGUGGCAUACUUUCAGGCAUCCUGUUGAAUUAAAUUUUCUCUUUUUGCUGCAUACGUUUUGGGUGAACUGUAAAUUCUGUAACAUUUCUACAGUUUGACAACCUCCUGUUAAGUAGCAGUCCAUAAAUUAAAAAUAAAUUUAAUUUAUAAAAUUGCUUCUAUUUUUUUUAAAUUUCUUAAUUUUCAGUUUUCUUGGGUUUUUGUUAUUAAAUUGAAAAAACAUUUUAAAUCAUUUUAAAGGACAGAACCCUUUAUAAUUUUUAAGUGUGGCAUACUUUCAGGCUUCCUAUAGAUUUUCAUUUUAUCUUUUUGCUGCAUACGUUUUGGAUGAACUGUAAAUGCCAUAACAUUGUUACAGUUUGACUUCCUCCUGUUAAGUAACAGUCCUUACAUUAUUAGUUCACUUUUUUCACAAAAUUUAUUAAAAAUCUUACAAUUUUGUGCAAAUUUAACAUAUUUAACACUUUUCUAGUUAUUUUCUUAAAUUUCCCUAAGCAUAACCUGCAGUUUGAAUUGCAUUUAAAACGCAGCCUUUGAUGAAACGACAACCAAAGGCUCUAAAAAGACUGUUUACAUAUAAAAGAAGGACAUAUUUUACUUAUUACCGAAACAAUAAUAUACUGUAUAAACCUAAACUAGUUGGUAAAGCUUUCUAAACUAUAUAUCUUGAUGAUGAUGAAAACCAAGCAAGAAGCGAAAAACUAAUCUCAGAUAGAA